AAAACCUCAUGUUCCACACCAUUAUUUUCAAUAUACAUAUAUCUAUAUACCUAAAAUGGAGUACUAGUAAUGUAACUGGACAUAAUCACGGCCACAUUAUACUUCCAAAACCUCCGAUACUCUGCGAAACCUUUAACAGUUAAUACCCGCCCAAAAUUUGUUAUCGUUGCUCAAAUUAAUUGAUCGUAUUCUCAGCUUCGGGGUUUUCACCGAUCAUGGCUGAGAGCGAGACAGCCCAAAACUCAGUUCCGCAAGCUCUCCAGGUUGCCAAGCGCUUGGAGAAGUUCAAAACUACUAUUUUCACACAAAUGAGUAGCCUUGCUAUCAAGCAUGGUGCUAUUAACCUAGGACAAGGGUUUCCCAACUUCGACGGCCCAGAGUUUGUCAAAGAAGCCGCUGUUCAGGCCAUAAGAGACGGCAACAACCAGUAUGCUCGCGGAAUUGGGGUCCCUGAUCUGAACGCAGCUGUGGCUGAGCGUUUCAAGAAGGACACCGGGCUUGUGGUUGAUCCGGAGAAGGAGGUCACCAUCACCUCCGGCUGUACAGAGGCAAUCGCUGCAACAAUGCUGGGCUUGAUAAACCCCGGUGAUGAAGUCAUCCUCUUUGCUCCGUUCUACGACUCCUACCAAGCCACCCUUUCCAUGGCUGGCGCUGUCACAAAGUCUGUCACCUUGAGGCCCCCAAGCUUCUCUGCCCCCAUUGAUGAGCUGAAAUCCCUCGUCUCAAGAAGCACGCGUGCAAUCCUGCUCAACACCCCACACAACCCCACGGGGAAAAUGUUCACGAGGGAGGAACUUGAUGCCAUCGCAUCCCUCUGCAUUGAGCACGAUGUUCUUGUCUUCUCUGAUGAAGUGUAUGACAAGUUGGCUUUUGAGAUGGAUCACAUCUCCAUUGCCUCCCUCCCCGGGAUGUACGAGCGGACAGUGACCUUGAACUCGUUGGGGAAGACCUUUUCGUUGACAGGUUGGAAGAUAGGUUGGGCUGUGGCUCCACCGCAGCUGACAUGGGGUGUGAGGCAGGCGCAUUCCUUUCUCACUUUUUCAACAGCCACACCUUUGCAGCACGCGGCUGUGGCCGCCCUUCGAGCUCCGGAUUCGUAUUUUGAAGAGCUGAGGAGGGACUAUUUGGCUAAGAAGAGUAUUCUGGUGGAGGGGUUGAAGUCUGUGGGGUUUAGGGUGUUUCCAUCGAGUGGAACCUACUUUGUGGUGGUUGAUCACACCCCGUUCGGGUUCGAAAACGAUGUCGCCUUCUGCGAGUAUCUGAUCAAGGAAGUCGGUGUCGUCGCCAUCCCGACGAGCGUCUUCUACUUGAAUCCGGAAGAGGGCAAGAAUCUUGUGAGGUUCGCCUUCUGCAAAGAUGAGCAAACUCUUCGAAACGCGGUUGAGAGGAUGAAGGAGAAGCUGAUCAAGAAGCAUUAAAUUUUGCAGCGUAAAAUCUUUGGGCUUUUAGCCCAAUUGACUUGAGAUUGGCCCGGCCCAAUGAGGCAGUAUGUCUACAUAUAUUAAUUUUUAACCUUACUAUCUCUUAUAUUCUGUGAGAAAAAAAAAAGGUAUAUGGAAGUCAUGAUUCAUGACUAUAUUAUCGUGAUUUAAAUCAUUUAGACAAUGACCCUGAGAGGUAUUAAUUUAUAAAAUAAUUUUUAUCUCUUUCUGCAAAA